AUGGCCAAGUGUGCUCGACUUGUGGCUAUAUUUGGAUUUUUCAUUUAUCUUACAACUUUAGUGGCUAGUGAUCCUAUUGAUGACUACCAAGAAAUAACAUAUGAUCAUUUGAAUUUUAUAAGUGAAAUGAAAAUAAAUGAACGAAAUAGAAUGGGACUUAUCAGAGAUUGUUCAGGAAUUUGUUCACAUUAUUUAAAUACCUUUCAAUUAUUUAAUGAAGAAUAUAUAGGAACUAACGCGAAUUACUGUCCUGGACAAUUACGUAACUGUCAGCUAUAUGAGGCGCCUGAAGAAAUUUCUAUCAGUGCAUCUGUUUAUAAUUUCUGGAAUUGGCUGAUGUGGGCUUCUGGUAACGAGGAUACGAUUUCUUUUAUACACAAUCGUAGAGUGCUUUUACAGUUUAUCUGUCCAACUUGCAAAUGCUAUUGUGACGAUUACUUGAAUCCAAACCUAACAGGUUCAAUUUGUCUGGAUCGUGUCUUAUCAAAUGUCACUGAUGGAUAUGUCGUCACCGGUGUUCGAUUCAAAAUCAUUGACAAGAUUGUAAGAAUACAGAUACAACAAGGAAAAUUGGUUAAUAAUAUUAUUGACUCCAACACUCGACAUUGGCAAGAAGUCAAUGUAUGUAAAGAAAGCAAAAGAAUGAAUUAUGACAAUCGAUCUCUACUGAUGGAUGACAUUAUCCUUCCUAAGGACUUUGUUGUGACAGGUGUUUCUCUUAGUCUGACUCAAAUAUCUAAAGGGUUUUAUUUGUCAGUUUAUGGAAAACCUAUGCAUGAAUUAAAAAAUGUCAACGUUAAUGAAACAGAAUUUCAUAGUCCUCCAGGGAACAGAAUUAAUUUAAUGACUCCUAACAUGGAGAUCCCUACUGCUGGCCAAGGAGAAAAUGUAGAGUUGAGCACACCAGGCCAAAGUUUGAUUUCCUUUCAAACACUGGGAUUGACUGAAGAUAAUGAUUUAAAUGAUCCACAGUUAAUUCCAUUCCUAGAUAUUAGAGAUGUCAUUUCUGUUAAUGAUGCGAAACUUAUCAGAGGUGUAGGAAUCUAUUGGAGAGGACAAAAAGACUACGGUGGAUACAUUGCUUUUAAACUUUUUGUCGAUAAAUAUUCAAUAUAA